AUGUCCGACGCCGCCUCGAGAGCUGCGGAGACACUCCGCUCGAAGCAGAAGCCUCUCAAGGACAAGUAUCGAUCGGAUCCCUCCUCCGCUCUCGUUACCCUUUCUUCAAGCGGAACUCUCGAUCCUACCUCAACCAGCCUGACAUGUUCUCUGUCAUCCAGCGCGGCCGCACGGAAGGUCGCUGGACUGCACCAAGCUGCGGGAGGCGAAGGCUUCGAUGCCUCGGGUGAACUGUGCUCCGGAGAUAUGCUGCUGGAAUCUUUGGUGGCUUGCUUUGGCGUCACGGUGCGCGCUGUCGCCACAAGCUUGGGCAUCCCAAUCAACAACGGAACAAUCGCAACAGAGGGCGACUUGGAUUUCCGGGGCACAAUGGGUAUCAAGGACCCGGAUGGCAACGCAGUGCCUGUGGGAUUCACAAAGAUUAGACUGAUUGUGCGGCUUGAUGUUGACGAAGAACACAAAUCGAAGGUGGACAAGCUGAUUGAGCUAAGCGAGAGAUACUGUGUGGUCCUGCAAACUAUCAAGGGAGGUGUGCCAGUGGAGACGCAAUUGGGCCAUGUGGGCGGUGUGAUCCCUGAUGCCCGAAGUGAGGCGGACGCCGUUGCCGACGGGGCCGACGGGGGAAAGGGGGAAGGGAUGUCGGAUAUCCCGCCCAACGAAGAUGUACUGAAAGUGAACUGA